ACGUUUGUCUCAAUUUGAUUCAAAAACACAAAGACUUUCGACACUUUCAGUAAUAUAACCACUCGUAAGACAAUGUCAGCGCCCAGUGAAGAGCCCACUGACCUCAAGGGAGGCCACGCGCCCGCAGUAAAAGCCGGAGGAAUGCGAAUAACGCAACACAAGACCCAACACCACGAGAAACCCGCCGCUGAGCCCAAGAAGGACGAGACACAGGAGGACGAGGAGGAGCUGGAGGAGGAGGUGCCGCCCAAAGCCACACCUCUGGUCAUCUCCGGAGCCGUGGCUCGAGGUGACAGUGACUUCCCGACCGCUUCCGUAAAGGCAUUCCACGAGAAGACUCCGUUACCGACCAAUGAGUACAGAGCCGCGCCGCCGCCGAAGUCUAUGUAUAUCCAACAGCCCAAGAAAUGAACGCAAUGUGUCGGCCACUCGUUGUCUCAUUCACACCACCGUAUGAGUGAUGCACAGCAUUGCAAAAGAAGUCAAUUUAUUUUUGUGUAUUUGAUUGACAUUUGUUUUGAAAUACAAAUAAAUCCUUGAUUUUCUUAUUUUACGAAUUAA